CACUCUCCUCUACCAUGUACGACACUCGCCCCACAAAACGUCAGCGUACACUAUCAGUCUCGCCCUCGCCCGCCCCACUAAGAUCAUCUUCACUUACACCGCUUCUAGAGUCUCCAAAACGGACCCCAGAACUCCGCCAGCUUCCUCCAGCAAUCCUACUCCUCGCGCUUCCAGGGCUUCUGGCACAUCCCCCGACGCAUCCUGACUUUGGUUUUUCGCUAUUUCUUUCUCUACGCGCACUAAGGCAAUGCUUAGCUCUUCCUGCGCUCGCACCUGAUCUGGAAUGUCGAGCAUGGACAAGUUUGGCCGAAGUCGGAAUGAGAGUCAUGGAGAGUGGCUUUUGCGCCGAGGAUAGCGGAUGUGACUGGGCAGUAGGUAUUUAUUCCGAGGUCGAGAAAGCACUCAGUAAGAGCCUUCUCAUUGCCCAAAAACACCCUUCACUUCGUCCGCUUCGCCACCAUCUUACUCUGUUGCAUGCACACUUUGCAUUCACCUUCCCGUCCUCGUCAACAUCCCCGAAGUUCGCACGUGCAAUCCUCAGACGCCUCGUCGCGUCAUUCGUACUCUCAGAUCCCCCAGGCACCGUAUAUGCUGCACACUUGGCCUUAAUUACACAAAUGACCACUCCACUUCCCUCGUCUACCCCUGGUGCCAAUCUCAGUCCUGCACCACCCCUAGGUGCCCCCGCCCUCCAAGCAACACUUACCGCCAUAGACACUCUAAUAACCCUCGCACGCAAGAACCACCACCCCCGAAUCACUGCACUCGCUCACGUUAUUAAGUUGCGCGUUCUACUUCGUGCAGGUGCAUGGACGCAAGUCGGGGCUGCUCUGGAUACCGCAGAGGCCGUACUUGGCCUGACGUUUGACAAGGACAGGAAGGAAAAUAACGAGAAGAUGGACGGGAAUACCACAGAUGCAAAACCAGUCAAUGAUGCAAUUCCGCGUUGGAAUUCCAUAACGGCUCACGACGUCAACGCUCUCUCCCGCGAAUAUUCACAAGUGCACAUCACCUCCAACGGGUCUAAUGUAGAACCCACCCAGGAGGAGGAAAGCACGCAAUCAGACCCCGCUCAUUCUUCUCUCGUCAUUCAUACCCUCCUCUUCGGCACCAUUUUCUUCACUUUCUCAGGUAAUAUUCGCGCAGCUGAGCAGAGACUCGUCGCACUUCAUGCCAUCGUCGAUAGCGGAGCACUCGAUGGAUUCAAGGAUGGCAUUGUCCAGAUCCCUCUUCCACCGCACCCCCCUCUGGCCGUUCACACCACCCACCCACUCAUACUUCUCCCGCUCACAUUCCUCGUAAGCGCCACCGCGAAACGGGACCCAGUGGGCAGAAGCCCAAAGAGAAGACUAUGGGCUGAAGCGGGAAUUAACAUCGUCAACGGAGCAGGCGAUGACAUUGAACGUACGUUUUGUUUACCCCUCUGGGCUUCACUCGCAGACAGAGACGAAAUUAUACAGCGCACUGUAAGACUCAGAGCCGAUCUCCUAUGCGAACUCGUCGCCAUCUCGAUCCAACGCUCCGAAUUCGACGCGGCAGAAACGCACCUAAACGCGCUCCUCUCACUAACCCACACGCACGACCUCUUCCACAACUACAGCGCACGCAUAACUCUCCACGCUGCACACCUUGCGCAUGCACUUGGAGAUAGCGAACGUGCGAGCGUGUGUUAUCGCGUCGCUAGAGCCGUGGAUGACGAACUUAAUGCUGGGGUUGGGUAUGUUGGUGCUGCUGCGUGUGCUGGGGAGGCAUUGUUACGCAUUGGAAUGUGUGCCCAGGAACAGACUCAGGUGCAGGGUGGGAGCGCAGAUUCGAACAUUGUCACUCUAAACCAAGACGCAAACGGCGAAAAGAUUGACUGGUUGGACGAGGAGACUCACGCACUAGCUAAGUCUGCCAUCCAGCGAUGUCAUGGGAUGGGAGGGACACUCGAAGCAGUUGGAAAAGUGGUACAGGCAGCUGUUGCGGGUGCGAGGGGGGAGAUCGUCGGUGCCAAGUACGUUUCCUCUCUUUCUUUUUGCUUCCUUUCGCAACUUAAAAAAUGUACCGAGCUCAUACUCACGAACCUUUCUCUCACCUACAGAUCUCACCUAAAAUCAGCCCUUUCUCUCUCGACCUUGGCAGGUGAGAACCAUCUCCGCGCCCUCCUCCUUGCACAAGUAGGAGCGCAGUAUUUACACACGGCGCCUGCGCACGCUAUGGAGACUUUGGCUGUUUGUGAGACGCUUGGUGCUGGGAUGGGUGCAGGUGUGAAGGUGAAGGAUGGAGUUACAAGUAAAGGAAAGGAGAAGGAGACGGGCAAGCACGACGCAAUAGGAAACGCCCCUCUCCGUCUCUGGGUCGGCGAACGAUUCCUUGAGAUAUUCAAACGCGCGGAUAAACCGCACCGAGUGGCGAAGCAGGAGACUUAUAAUGUGAUAUAUCGUGAUGCGGUGGAGGGGAUGGUUGGGAGGGCUAGGUGGCCCGCUACCUGUGGGGGGGAAUCUGAUCAGGGGAACUUUGUCGAGGGGGAAGACAUCAACAUGCAGAACGCAGAUCCGGAUCCGGAUGUUGAGAUGUAGGUGUCUGCACCUCUUUGUCGUUCGUUUGAGGUGAUGGGUAAUCUAUCGGACACUGUAGUUGAUGGACUGACUGGACUGACCUUGCUAAAACCUAGAAACACUUAUUGAUACUCUCACGCGCACUUGCGCACUUAAAGCGUUCGUACUUACGCACUCAUUGUAGCAUACCACCGAAUAUUAGAUAGCCAGCGCUAGAAUAACGAAGAAUGGC